ACUCAGCCAUGAGUAAGAACAGUCACUUGUGUGAAACACGUCGGCUCUACCAGUGAUGUGUUUUACAAGAACGUUUGGGAAUAUUACAAAUCUUGGAUCCGGACGUCUUCCUGUCCUCGCUCUCUAAAAAUAAGACAUAAUAACACGUAUUCCCUCCAUACACAGCUUCCCUGCUCCCUCACAUAUUGGCCUCCCCCCCCCCUCCCAAAUAUCUUCCCAUUCUUACACAACUCCUCCGCCGCUGCCGCUCUCAGCUUUUCUAUUGGAUAAAACAGAGAAGUCUCAUUUUUUUCUUCUCUUCUCAAAGCAAGAAUUUGGAUUCCUUCCAGAAAGGAACUAACUCCAGUCAGCUGAGCGGUGCAUGGAACCCGUCACCCCAACCGCAGCCCCGUGUGUGUGACCCAGAUUACAGGAUUGGCGCAGCCCUCGCCCCCCAGAGAUCCACAUAUCUGCUGAGGCCUAGAGAGCUGCGGUUCGGCGGUCAGAGAUGCAGCCACAGGAAACUCCCGGCAUCCAGUAUAGUCGGUGGAAUGACAGAAACCAAGAUGAAGUCAGUGUGAACACGAAUAACGUAGAAGCUUCUACCUGGAGGAGAGUGAACAAUCUCCUCUGCACCGGGAGGAUCGGGAUCGCCAUGAAGGUUGUGGCCGGACUCGCCAUUUUCUGGAUCAUCUUCAUCAUCGGUUACGUCACCGGUUAUUAUGUGCACAAGUGCAAAAAAGUAUAAAGCGCCAGAGGACGGUGUCUGCCCGAUACUGUGGAAAUGGCGCCGUUUCUGUUAUUUAUUGUAAAGAUAGAAAAAUGAUCCCCAGCUCCAGUCUAUGUAAAUACGUUAUUAUAUAAAAAUUCUCCAGCGUGACGCUGCGUGUACGGUGAUAUAGACCGCGGUCAGGAGGGGGCGCACUUACCGUAUAUUACUGUCUGCUGGGUGUACGGUGAUAUAUACCGCGGUCAGGAGGGGGCGCACUUAUGGUAUAUUACUGUCUGCUGGGUGUACGGUGAUAUAUACCGCGGUCAGGAGGGGGCGCACUUACCGUAUAUUACUGUCUGCUGUGUGUACGGUGAUAUAUACCGCGGUCAGGAGGGGGCGCACUUACCGUAUAUUAUUGUCUGCUGCGUGUACGGUGAUAUAGACCGCGGUCAGGAGGGGGCGCACUUACCGUAUAUUAUUGUCUGCUGUGUGUACGGUGAUAUAGACCGCGGUCAGGAGGGGGCGCACUUACCGUAUAUUACUGUCUGCUACGUGUACGGUGAUAUAGACCGCGGUCAGGAGGGGGCGCACUUACCGUAUAUUAUUGUCUGCUGUGUGUACGGUGAUAUAGACCGCGGUCAGGAGGGGGCGCACUUACCGUAUAUUACUGUCUGCUGCGUGUAGUAUAAAUACUUUACCGAUCCCGAUCCGCACACUGCCCGUCCUCUGACCACAGCGACUGCUACAAAACAACUGUUACUGGAGGAGCUCACAGCGACACACAUGGGGGUCACACACAGCGACACACACAGCGACACACAUGGGGGUCACACAAUCCCAGGGGCGGGGGAGGAAUCGGUGACAAUAUUGUGUCAUUUGUUCAUUUGCCAUUUUAAAUUUAUAAGCAGAGAUUUACUAAUCCUGGAAAACACCUUAAAAUCAAGUUUAUUUACACAAGUAACACAACAACACACAACACAACUAACACAACAACAUACAACUAACACAAAAGUAACACAACAACGCAAGUAACACAACAACACACAAGUAACACAACAACACACAAGUAACACAAUAACACACAACACAACUAACACAACAACAUACAACUAACACAAAAACACAACACAAUAACACAUAACACAACUAACACAAUGACACACAACACAACUAACACAAAAACACAACACAAUAACACAUAACACAACUAACACAAUGACA